CAACGUAUCGUAAGUGUACUGUAUAACUGUUAGAUGGUAGAGAAUAUUAUCGAAGAUUUAGUUUAAACUUUCUCGUAACGUUAUAGUCAAAGUACUAAUUAGUGAAGUCGUGGUCAAAAGUAAUAUAUAUAUAUAUAUUACUAUCAUUAUAGUUAAUAACAGCGACUAAAUCAAAACCGUCAAGAUCAUGAUGAUACUGUGAUAGUGAUACUGAUAACGGAAAUUCAAGCAACUGAGAAGUUCUAUUUCAUACUGAACUGUAAAUAGCACAUUGUGUUAAUUGAGAAGUCAAACUAUUUCAUACUGAACUGUAAAUAGCAUGUUGUGUUAACUGAGAAGUUGCACUAUUUUUAAAUGGACUGCAAAUAACAAGUAAUCAAGAUGACCACUGAAGGGAAAAUCAAAGUUCUGUGUGGAAGCUGUCCAGAUGGGCAGUGUCAGGCCAAACUGUUCUUUCCAUCCUAUGAUACAAGUAUCGAAUGCACAAGCUGUGGUCAGCGUCACGAACGCAGAUUCUUGAAGAAUGUCCAAGAAGUUUCUAACCCGGGUGUUGCCUUACACAAUAUGAUUAAGAACAUACUAGUCAGCAACGUGAUGCCGAAACGAGGGGCUGAAAUGGUAAAAGUAUUAGGGUUAUCUAACUAUCACUGCAAACUGCUGUCACCACUUCUCACGUAUUAUGGGAUGGAGAAAAAGUCAGGAAAAGCGGUGCUUCUACGGGAAAUGAACCAAGGGGACAUGUUUGACUGCAGUCUGUUGGGAGACAGGGCCUUUCUGCUCGAUCCUGAACACAUAUCAGUGGUGGGGUAUGGACGAGAUGUUUCAGGAAGCAUGAGUUAUCUCUCUGGAACUUUAGAACAAAUAAAAAUGUACAACGAUGGAGAAGAAAGACUAAUUCCCAUUCAUGCUGACGGGGACGGCCACUGUCUGGUGCAUGCUGUGUCUCGUGCCCUGGUUGGACGAGAACUCUUUUGGCAUCCUUUGAGAUGCAACUUAAAAACUCACUUUGAACAAAAUUUAGAUGAAUACAAGAAACUCUUUCGAGACUUCAUUGCUGAUCAAGAGUGGAAAGCUAUAAUAGAUGAAUGUGAUCCCGACUUCAUCCCACCUGAAAAUGAGCUUUUAGGGUUGAGAAACAUACACAUUUUUGGGCUAGCAAAUGUUUUAAAACGGCCCAUCGUCCUUUUGGACUCUCUUGCCGGAAUGCAAAGCCUUGGAGACUAUGCGGCUCUGUUCCUUCCGGCCAUGGUGACUCCUGAAGAAUGCUGUUCAAGAGAUGGACUGCUUCACAAACCCUUAUGUUUAGCCUGGAGUUCUCAUGGCCACAACCAUUACAUAGCUUUAGUGGGAGUCAGGAAACGAUCUCUGCCACGCUUACCGAAAAGUCUUGUCCCAAAAGUCUGGGGUGUUCCCCAAGGCUUAAUUGAUAAAUAUGUAAAAUUUGAAGACAAUAACUGCUGUAUUUUGGGAGGAGAUCGUACCCUAGGAGACUCCUAUGUCUUGAGACUGGCCAAAGCAAUGGAAGAGGUAUUUUGGAAGAGAUACGGGGUUCACCCAGAAUUAAUUGCCGAUGUGCAUCAGUAUGUUUAUCGUCGUACAGGAAUAGUAGGGGUUAAGCCACAGAUGGUUGUACAGGCAACCCAAAAAUCUAUACAGGAGCAGCGGCUCUAUCGCUGUCUGACAUGCGAUGCUAUUUGUGAAGUAAUUGUGGUGUCCGAGUGGUUGAAACCAGGAGGAACUCUGUACAAAACAGCUACCCAGAAUCACGGGCAACUUCAGCAAGAUAAGCUGUAUUCUUUUCCUAUGCAAGGUGUGAUUUGCCGAUAUGAUGGGAGCAGAGAUGAACUGAUCCCAGAUUUCAGUAGGGAGGCUUUAGAGAAGUGUACAUGGUGUCAAGGGACUCAGAUGCGACUGGUUAACGGAGAUGGAACAGCUCGAUACAGGAAUGGUGACAGAACAAAGACUCGCUCCAAAUCAACCUUGUGUAACUGUGGAUUUAAGCAUUACUGGGAUGGAAAGGAGUACGAUAAUAUUCCUCUUGAAUUGCCUGUGGUGUUAGAAUGGAAUAAUAAGGUUGUUCGUGAUACGGUGCUGUGGUUUCAGAAUGAGAGUGAUUUGUCUCUCAACAGCAAUGUCUACGAUGUGGCUUCUGCUGUCGUCCAGAAACAUUUUCCAGGAGUGUUUGGCAGUGAACGCCUCUUGCAACGGGUGGUGGACCAGAUUCUUGAGCAGACUAAAGAUCACACUAAAGAUCAAGGGAAAGGACCACCUGUAGAUGGAGCCACUUGUCACAUGACUGAAACGGCUCAGAAGCUAAUUAUAGGUGGCGCUGGAAUUUUACACAAAGAGGAGCUUGGCGUGAGCAAAACAGAACGAGGAAUCCAGCGACAAAUAGCAGAGAAAGUUUCUAAACAACAGCAGAAAUUUACUGACAAAGUAAAAGCUAAAAGAGGAGCCUUGAAAUCGGAUCGGACAGCUAGUCCUCCUAGUCGGAGUUCUUCGUCAUCUAGCCCUACUGCCUCUCCUACCGAGAGGACUGCAAGAGAAACAAGGUCAGAAACCACAUCCCCAAGUGGCUCACCAUCAAAAGGAAGUUUUGUGAGAGUGGUCACUUCUGAUGGACAACAAGCACGAAUGCAACUCAGACCGGAGGGUAUCACUUUUAUUCAACUUCAGACCUGGAUUCAGGAAAAAUUUGGUGUAGAACCUGCUCAGCAGCGGGUAAAGUGGGGUUUCCCACUGAGGGAGUUAAAGCCUUCAUGCGAAGAGCAGGAGAACAGUUUAGUACCUCUUGCUCAUGGAGACAAAGUCACUGUUGAAGUUCAACCCAUUAUAAUUUCAGAACCUCAAGAAAUUACAGAAACACUGGCAGUAGCAGGCCCAUCUCUGAGUUCGUCGUCUCUGGACAGUGAAGUUACCAAGUUUGACAUGCUUAAACAAG